AUGUCAAUUCCACGGCCAUUCUCCACGGCCAUUCUCGACGGCGUGCUCCACUCCCGGCCACCAAGCGCCGCCGUUAACUACCGGCGGCACCUCCGAUCUCCUCCCGAGCCCCGAAAACGGGCUCUCAAAGCUGAAGGCAAUAACAACUUAAAGUGGGCCAUUCAAGUGAGGUCAGCCAAAUCAACGUUCGACGUGCAACAACUCGUGGACUUUCUCUACGAUGAUCUCACACACGUGUUCGAUGACCAGGGUAUCGAUAAAACGGCCUAUGACGAACGUGUCUUCUUCCGAGACCCAAUCACCAAACUCCAUACUUUGGAUGCUUACCUCUUCAACAUUGCACUUAUCAAAACACUCUUUAGGCCCCAAUUACGCUUGCAUUGGGUCAAAUCGACAGGACCGUUUGAGAUAACUACAAGAUGGACCACGGUUAUGAAAUUCGUUCUACUUCCGUGGAACCCUCAUGUGAUCCUUUCAGGGACUUCCGUUAUGGGCAUUAACCCAGAAAAUGGCAAGUUCUGUAGUCACGUGGACUUUUGGGAUUCAAUAGAGAAAAAUGACUAUUUUUCUUUUGAAGGUUUGUGGGAUGUAAUCAAACAGUUGUGGAUUUAUAAGACACCGGAAUUGAAAUCACCCAAUUAUCAAGUAUUGAAAAGGAUGGCAAAUUAUGAGGUUAGGCAGUAUGAUCCAUUCAUAGUAGUAGAAACAAAUGGAGACAAGCUAUCUGGGUCGGCUGGUUUUAAUGAUGUUGCUGGAUAUAUGUUUGGAAAAGAUUCCACAAUGGAGAAGAUACCAGUGACUACUCCUGUCUUUACUCAAGCCAGUGACGCUAAUCUGUCCGGUGUGUCAAUCCAAAUAGUCUUUCCAUUAGACAAAGAAACAGGCAGUUUACCAAAUCCUAAUCAAGAAACAGCUCGCUUGAGAAAGGUUGAGGGAGGCGUUGCUGCCGUAAUGAAGUUUGGUGGAAAACCCACUGAGGAUAUUGUUCGGGAAAAGGAGAAAACCCUGUUCUCCAAUAUCAUUAAAGAUGGUCUUAAACCUCAGCCUGGUUGUUGGCUUGCACGGUACAGUGAUCCAGAUCGAACAUGGACUUUUGUAAUGAGGAAUGAAGUGCUCAUAUGGCUGGAUGACUUCUUGUUGGAUUAGCAUCAAUGCUGUAAUCGUAUAUGAAAGAUAUUGUUAGAAAUUCGCUUAUCAAUAAGGGAUGUUUGGAACCACAAAUAGGCAAUUUACUAGGUGAUGAUCAUAAGGUUAGGGGUGUCAAAUUUGGUUCAACUCAACGAGCCCACUUGUAUAACCAACGAGUUGAGUUGCUGUGCACAUUUCAACCCUAGUAACCCAACUCGUUCAACUUACCACCUCUACGGAUCAAAUGAUGGGAUGAGUUUGAUUGCCCAUCUUUUCAAAGUUUAUUUUCUUACUAAGACUUAUUUGUAAUCAU